UCAAAAACAAACAGAGCAUUAAGCAAAUAUUUGGCUAUACUAAGGCUAUUUUUAUUCAAUUUCUCAUUAUGUCUAUCAAAAAUGUGAUUUCACUCCUAGCGGCUCUAUGCAUCAUAGUUUCUGUGAAUGCUCAGUUGCCACAGUUUCCAGCUCCGUUUCCUUUUCCAUUUCCGUUCCAUCCGAUUCCAGGUAUGCCAGGAUUACCUGACAUAACAAAAUGUUGGUCAUCCGUGAUGGAUAUUCCUGGAUGCAUCGCAGAGAUUUCUCAAUCCAUUUUCACUGGAAAAUUCGGUAAUUUAGGUCCGGCUUGUUGCAAAGCAUUUUUAGAUGCCGAAGCCAAUUGCAUGCCGAAAAUUCCAUUCAUUCCGUUUUUCCCUCCGAUGCUAAAAGAACAAUGUUCAAGAAUUGCCGGUCCAACUCCUCCUACACCAAAAUAGAGUUUUAAUUUAUUUUUAAAAAUAUUUGAUUUUUUUCCAAGUUAUUUCUUAAAGUUUUAGUUUACUCUACAUGUUAUACUUCCAGAAAAAAAAAACAAUGAUACAGUAAUAACAUUUGAGAAGUCUUAUUUGGGUUCAAUAUUUUACUCAUUCUUCAAUUCUAAUGAAUAUCACCUUGAAACAUCGAGUCCAUAGUCAAUUGCACAAUUUCAGAACUUGGUAUUGUUUUCAUAAAUCUUUUAAAUUUGUC